GAAACGACCCCUUGGUGGCGCCCUAGUCAUAAACCAUUAAUUUGGGAAUUUUGUUCAAACGACGUCAACAAAAUACAUUGUACAGAUUGAGAUAUGGCAUCCAGCAAAAUGAGUGGAUUAUUGUUGAAGCAGCCAUUUUGUCUGGAUGACAUCAGAGCUGCAGAGCAGCGCAUCAAAGGCAUUGCCAACUUCACUCCUGUCAUGACAUCACGUCGAAUGGACGCCAAGGCGGGGAGAAAUCUCUUCUUUAAAUGUGAACUGUUUCAACGGACGGGGUCCUUUAAAUUCAGAGGAGCUGUAAACUUCUUAUCGAUACUCCUGGAGAAGUCAAAGGACGGUCCCCUGCCCUGUGUCACAACGCAUAGCAGUGGAAACUUUGCCCAAGGUCUGGCCUUGGCCUCUAAACUUCUUGGUGUGGAGGCUUAUGUGGUCAUGCCCGAGAACUCCCCUCAGUGUAAGCAGGAUGCAGUCAAGGAAUAUGGAGCUGAAGUCAUAUUGUGUGAAUCAACUGAAGAGGGUCGUAUCGCAGCCAAAGAUGUGGUGGUGAAAGAGAGAGGAGCUGUUUAUGCGUCGUCUUCACAACAUCAUGACAUCAUGGCCGGGCAGAGAACCAUGUGUACUGAGCUGCUACACCAGACGGAUAACAAGCUAGAUGCCAUCGUUGUUCCAGUUGGAGGGGGUGGGAUGCUGUCUGGAGUGAUUAUUGCAGCAAAGACUUUGUGCCCAGGCAUCAAAGUGUUUGCAGCGGAACCAGAACUAGCCAACGACUGUUAUAGGUCAUUCGUGACCAAGGAGCACGUCAAACAGGACUGCUACCCUACCACGGUGGCGGACGGUUUACGCAUAUCGAUGGGUGAUGUGGCCUGGCCAAUCAUAAGGGACCUGGUUGAUGAUGUCAUCACGGUCACCGAUGAUGAGAUCAAGGAAGGUACAAGGCUCGUCUGGAAGAACAUGAAGCUGUGCAUCGAGCCUUCAGCGGGAGUAGGUGUGGCUGCCGUAAUGUCUGAGAAUUUCAAAUCCAAGUAUGGCAAUUUGAAGAAUGUUGGAGUCAUUCUGUGUGGUGGAAAUUAUGACAUUGAUGCAGUUAAAAGCUGGCUGUAAUUUUGAAACCUUGAGAUCUUGCCAGAAGGUUUUGUCUUGUUUCCUUUUAAUACAUGGAAAUUUGCAUCGGGGAUAAAGAAUACAAAUUUUGGUUUUACCCAUAUAUACAAUGACAUGUGUUAUCAGUACU